CCGAGCAGGCCGCGCGCCGCGCCGCGGGGCCGAGGCCGGAGCCAUGGGCGAGACCAAGAUCAUCUACCACCUGGACGGGCAGGAGACGCCGUACCUGGUGAAGCUGCCCCUGCCCGCCGAGCGCGUCACCUUGGCGGACUUUAAGGGCGUUCUGCAGCGGCCCAGCUAUAAGUUCUUCUUCAAGUCUAUGGAUGACGAUUUUGGGGUGGUGAAGGAAGAGAUCUCCGACGACAAUGCCAAGCUACCCUGCUUCAAUGGCCGAGUGGUGUCCUGGCUGGUAUCGGCCGAGGGCUCGCACCCAGAGCCAGCUCCCUUCUGCGCUGACAACCCAUCAGAGCUGCCACCUUCAAUGGAACGCACGGGGGGCAUUGGGGACUCUCGACCCCCGUCCUUUCACCCUCACGCUGGUGGAGGCAGCCAGGAGAACCUGGACAAUGACACGGAGACCGACUCCUUGGUGUCUGCCCAACGAGAGCGGCCCCGACGGCGGGACGGCCCAGAGCACGCAGCCCGGCUCAAUGGAACUGCAAAGGGGGAGCGGCGGCGGGAGCCGGGUGGCUACGACAGUUCAUCCACCCUUAUGAGCAGUGAGCUGGAGACUACCAGCUUCUUUGACUCAGAUGAGGAUGACUCCACCAGCAGGUUCAGCAGCUCCACAGAACAGAGCAGUGCCUCGCGCCUCAUGAGGAGACACAAGCGGCGGCGGCGGAAGCAGAAGGUCUCGCGGAUCGAGCGGUCUUCGUCCUUCAGCAGCAUCACGGACUCCACCAUGUCACUCAAUAUCAUCACAGUUACUCUCAACAUGGAAAAGUAUAACUUCUUGGGCAUCUCCAUUGUGGGCCAAAGCAACGAGCGAGGCGAUGGAGGCAUCUACAUUGGCUCCAUCAUGAAGGGUGGGGCUGUGGCAGCCGAUGGACGCAUAGAGCCAGGAGAUAUGCUGUUACAGGUGAACGAGAUCAACUUUGAGAACAUGAGUAACGACGACGCCGUCCGCGUACUCCGGGAGAUUGUCCACAAGCCAGGGCCCAUCACUCUGACGGUAGCCAAGUGCUGGGACCCAAGUCCUCGUGGGUGCUUCACGUUACCCCGGAGUGAGCCCAUCCGGCCCAUUGACCCUGCAGCCUGGGUCUCUCACACUGCAGCCAUGACGGGCACCUUCCCUGCCUAUGGCAUGAGCCCCUCCUUGAGCACCAUCACCUCCACCAGUUCCUCCAUCACCAGCUCCAUUCCCGACACAGAACGCCUAGAUGACUUCCACCUCUCCAUCCACAGUGACAUGGCGGCCAUCGUAAAAGCCAUGGCCUCCCCUGAGUCAGGGUUGGAGGUUCGAGACCGCAUGUGGCUCAAGAUUACCAUUCCCAACGCUUUCAUUGGCUCAGAUGUGGUGGACUGGCUGUACCACAAUGUGGAAGGAUUCACGGACCGGCGGGAGGCCCGCAAGUAUGCCAGCAACCUGCUGAAAGCCGGUUUCAUCCGCCACACCGUCAACAAGAUCACGUUCUCUGAGCAGUGCUACUACAUCUUUGGUGACCUCUGUGGCAAUAUGGCCAACCUGUCACUUCACGACCACGACGGCUCCAGUGGCGCCUCUGACCAGGACACACUGGCUCCUUUGCCGCACCCGGGGGCUGCCCCGUGGCCUAUGGCUUUCCCUUACCAGUACCCACCACCUCCGCAUCCCUACAAUCCACACCCCGGCUUCCCAGAACUGGGCUACAGCUACGGCGGCGGCGGGGGCAGCGCCAGCAGUCAGCACAGUGAAGGCAGUCGCAGCAGCGGCUCCAACCGAAGUGGCAGCGACCGGCGCAAGGAGAAGGACCCAAAAGCUGGGGACUCCAAAUCAGGCGGUAGCGGCAGCGAAUCAGACCACACGACCCGCAGCAGUCUGCGGGGGCCGCGGGAGCGGGCGCCCAGCGAGCGCUCGGGCCCGGCCGCCAGCGAACACAGCCACCGCAGCCUGCGCAGCCACCACACGCACCCGAGCUACGGCCCGCCCGGAGUGCCCCCUCUUUAUGGCCCCCCGAUGCUUAUGAUGACCCCGCCGCCUGCAGCCAUGGGGCCCCCAGGAGCCCCUCCAGGCCGUGACCUGGCCUCGGUGCCCCCGGAACUGACGGCCAGCAGACAGUCCUUCCGCAUGGCAAUGGGAAACCCCACCAAGAAUUUCGGGCUCUUUGACUUUCUGUGAGUCCCCAGGAAAGGGAGGCCCGGCCUCCAAGGAGACCAGGAACUCUGCUUCAGCAGCCCCCUCGGGGCUUCCCAAGGAUGUCCAGCCCCCACACCCACACAAGUGCAAGGUUACUAGGCUUCUGGGAAGGCCUCAGCUUCACCCAAGCAUGACAGACUGUUCUUUCCAGAGAGAAGUAGAGACGUUUUCUCCCUACCCCCUCACACAGACAGACAGACAGACAGACACACACACACACACACACACACACACACACACACACACACACACACUGUGUGCCUAUGCAAGUUUACAUAAGCCUCAGGGCUGGUCCCUGCCCACAGGGCUGGACCCUUCCUCCAAGUCGUCUCCUAGACAGUGGGGCUGGUCCCUAACCGCCCUCUCCCCUUCCCGCUUGCCGGAAAGCCUCCCACACAUGUCCCCAAUACCUCGGUACUUGGAUCAAGGCCAAAAGCUGGGCUCAGCAGAGGACUCUCCGGGUACCUGACAGGUCCUUCUCUACUUCCCUCCUCCUCCCCCGGGGCCUUACCCCUGCCCUGUCUUCAUCUUCACCAUGACACCCGAGAACAGAGUCAGGAAACAGGCCAACCGAAGUUACACAAGGGGACCACUGGGGCUUCCAGAAAGUUCCGGUUAUCUUUAAAGUUGUUUUCCACCUUAAAUCACAAUUUUUCUUUAAAACUCUGCUAUAAACUCUACUGACUCCCCAGACUCACAUUUUCAGGGCAAAGGUAUCGGAGCUGGGGAUGUAGCUCUGGGUAGAGUGCUUGCCUAGCGUGCCCUGGGGUUCAGUCCCCAGAAAAUGCCUCCUGCCAUCAAGAUGUCCUUAGCCCAUGUUUGGGGGCAAACCGAGGUGGGGAUAUUUUGACAUUCAUUCAUUUUACAAAUAUUUCCUAGGCUUUUAAUGAACAAAGGGCUAUGUUAGACGCAUGACUCAGUCUUCCCUGUCUUCAGUACUCUGUGACUCUGCCAUGUCCUGUUCUUUUGAGACCCCCCCUCCCCAGGGCUCAUGCACUGGAUGCCAGUGUCUCCAUUGCCAACUUUUGCUCACUUCUCUUUCUCUCCCAAAAUAGUGUCAUCCAUGCUCCUUUCAGUUGCCAUUGAUAUGCUGGCCACUUCCUUUUUACUCACUGGACAUCUCCAUAGGCAUGUCCAUAUGUCCCUAGCCCAGUAUUAUUCCUCUUGAAUUCCUGUCUUGGUGACUUUCGUCACAAUCUACAUAGGCCCCCCAGCCAGAAACAUUUAUUCGCUUAAAAUCCUUCAUCCUACAUGGUGUUAGUCAGCACAUCACACCCUUCCGCUCUGACACUCUUUCUGAAGUUCAGCUGUUCCUCUCCCCUUCUUAAUUUACAGAGCAUGGGAUUUGGAGUCAGGUUGGUUUGGGUUUGAAUUCCAGCUCUCCAUUUUUGGCUGUGUAAUAGAGUUAUUUAACCUCUCCGGAGCCUCAGUCCUCCUGUAUGUAAGAUGAUAAUAAUACCUACCUCACAGGGUUGUUGUGAGGAUUCAAAUUAGAUAUUGUACGAAAAGUGCCGCGCACAGUGCCUGGCACACAAUAGAGUAGGUGCUCAAUAAAUGGUAGCUAUUAUUAUUAUUA